AUGCCCCGCCAGUAUCACCCGUGCUGUCCGUACCCAGUGCCCUCCGUGUUCCCGUGCUGCCCCCCGUGUUCCCGUGCUGCCCUGAUCUCCCCGUGCUGCCCCGUUCUGCCUGUGUUGUGCCCAUUCCCGUGCCGUGUUGCCCCGUUCAGCCCUUGUCCUACCCCCUUCUUCCUGUGCAGCCCCGUUGUCCCCGUGUUUCCCCGUUCUGCCCGUGUUGCCCCGUUCAGCCCGUGUCCUGCCCCGUUCAGCCCGUGUCCUGCCCCGUUCUGCCCGUGUUGCCCCGUUCAGCCCGUGUCCUGCCCCGUUCUGCCCGUGUUGCCCUGUUCUGCCCGUGCUGCCCCGUUCUGCCCGUUUGUGCCCUACCCAUGCUAUCCGUACCCGUUGGUGCCCCACCCGUGCUGUCACUUCUCGCUCGUGCCCCACCCGGUCUGUGCUGCCCGGUCUCGUGCUGUCCGUCACCCCCGUGCGGCCCGUCCCGUACAGCACCUAGUUGCUACCCGAACCCGCUACCCGUACCCGUGCUCCUCGCACACCGUGCACCAGCUGCGGGGCGUUCAACCGCAGCCGGGCACCUUCAGGGACCACUUUCUCUCCCUUUGCCCCACUGAGCUCACCGUCGACCUGCUCGAGGAGCGCCUCCUUGCAGCUGAGACUAGCAUACUCGUUGUAGGAGCUUCUCGCGGUGACCCUCGCGCCCCUUUCUUUGAGGGGUGCUCCCUCGUCACUCUUUUUCCCUCUGUUGCUUCUGCUGUUGUUGUCGACCUUGUUGGCACGGAGGAGGUCGGGGCUGCGUCUGCUCGUAGUGGGAGGCGCCACAGUGUCAAGGACAAGGGGGGCAAGGGUGGUGGAGGGGACGGCGGGGGCGGCGGUGGUGGCGGUGGAGGAGGCGGAGGGUGUGGGGGUGGAGGUGGGGGUGGUGGCGGGAGUGGGGGCGUCCGUGGCGACGGUGGAGGUGGAGGUGACACCGGCAGCGGCAGUGGGGGUGGCGGCGGCGGUGGUGCUGGUCGGGGUGGAGCCACGCAACGUGGAGGCUUUGGAGGCGGCCAGCGACAACAGCAGCCGCGUUCCCGUGAGGCCCCAUCGCCCCAGCAGCUUCGUGAGUGGUACUGUGGGCGUGGGAGGUCUGGGGGUGCUGGUCCCGGCGCUUACGUUCUCCGCACCGGCGAGCGUCGUGGGGAGAUGUGCGGGCUGCCACAUGCGACGCAGCGCUGUUUCGGUCGCCUGACUGACGCCUGGCGCACACAGUUUCCUGACGCCACUGAGCUCCCCCGCUUGGGUGAUCUGCUUAAGUCUGGUGUUGCUAUCAUUGACCUUGAUUACGAUGCUAUCCUUGCUGCAAUGUAUGCUGUGAUUAUUAGUGUUGAGGGUAACUUUUACCUAUGUGUGCCACCCGACCCUGGUAUAAAGGCUGCUGCUCUAGGUGCUAGUGAGUCUGCUGCUCCAGGUGCUGGUGAGUCUGCUCCCUCAGGUUCUGCGCCUGCUCAGGCCUUGCACACCUUCACACUUAACUCAGGUUCUUCCUGCUCCUUCUUUUGCAACAGCACCACCCUCACGCCGCUCAGUCGGUCGGUUGCAGUCUCCCUGGCGGACCCCUCUGGGGGCCCUGUCCUUGCGCACUCCUCUACGGUUCUGCUGUGUCCGGCGGUCCCGUCUGGCUCACUGUCGGGCCUUCAACUCCCCUCGUUCUCUACAAACUUGGUGAGUGGAGCUGACCUCCGGGACGUGUGGGUUGACCAUUUCACUCCUAGAGGUCAGCGGGUGACCCACUGUACGUGUACUCGGACAGGCCGCCACCUGGCCACGUUCACCCGUCAGCCUGGGUCGAGCCUGUACACAUUGACAACUGCGUCCCCUCCUGUUACUGCGUCUGGUCAGGUAGCCGCGUCUGGUCAGGUGUUUGCUGUCGCGUCCAGGUAG